AUGUCUUUAUCCCUGCCCGGGGAGACAGACUGGUCUGCAUUCACCUUAUUGGACCACCACAGGGUUUCCCUGCUGCGUUCCAUCAAGGAGGCAGCCAGAGAAGAGACCAGAACUGGGGAAACUGGCCCCUCCAAUAACGUUUGCCAAAUCACUAGUUCUGAGAUCCUUGGAGCAAUAGAAAAUGUUAUACAAGAUAUAGUUACAAGUCUAGCCAGAAACAAAGCACCUGUUCUGACCUUGGUUAACAGAUCAGAUUGGGGAAAUAUACAGUUUAAAGAUUCUGUAGGUCUACAGAUGAUAUCUCAUUAUACCACAAGAAAAAUAAAAAGUGACUGCCCCAAAUCAGCACCAAAAUUUGCUCUAAUUCUUAAAAUAUUAUCUGUGAUCUACAAGAUGGUGCAGAACAAUACAUAUGCAACCAAAAGAGAUAUAUAUUACAGUGAUACACUACUAUUUGGUAACCAGAGUGUUGUGGACAAUAUAGUCAAUGACAUUUCCUGCAUGCUUAAGAUACCUAGGAGAAGUCUACAUAUACUGUCUACAACGAAAGGUUGCAUUGCUGGUAACUUAAGUUAUACUGAGGAAGAUGGUACGAAAGUGAAUUGUACAUGCAGUGCAACAGCAGUCAUUGUGCCAUCUAAUGUUCAAGGAAUUAGAAAUGUGAUCACAGAUGCAAAAUUUAUACUAAUUGUAGAAAAAGAUGCAACUUUUCAGAGGCUCCUGGAUGAUGACUUCUGCAAUAAAUUGUCUCCAUGCAUAAUGAUUACGGGAAAAGGAGUACCAGAUCUGAACACAAGACUUCUAGUCAGAAAGUUGUGGGAUACAUGUCAUAUUCCUAUUUUCACCCUCAUGGAUGCAGAUCCACAUGGUAUAGAAAUAAUGUGCAUCUACAAGUAUGGAUCUGUGUCAAUGUCUUUUGAAGCCCAUCAUCUCACAGUUCCAGCUAUAAGAUGGCUUGGUCUCCUUCCAUCUGAUAUUGAAAGAUUAAAUAUAUGCAAAGAUGCGUUGAUUCCACUUACUAAACAAGAUCAAAAUAAACUCGCCAGUAUGCAGAAGAGGCCUUAUGUGGCUUGCCAACCAAUGUGGAAAAAAGAAAUGGAAAUUAUGGCAGCAUCUAAAAUGAAGGCUGAAAUUCAAGCUUUGACUUCUCUUUCAUCAGAUUACCUUUCCAGGGUGUAUCUACCAAGCAAAUUGCAAUUCGGUGGAUGGAUAUGAAUAUUUGUUUGUAGAUCAACUGUUUCCUGAUGUGGAUUUAUUUUGGAGCUAUUAUAAUAUAAGCCAUUAUUUACAAAAAUUGCAUAACAUUGCACUAUUUCUGGCAAAUGUUCUACAUAUUCAGUGAAGAGAUAUAAAGGUUUGCUUCAGCUCCUUGUUCAAUUUUUUUUAGUUAAGUCAACAGU